AUGCCAAUUGAAUUUGUCGACAGCAAAGAUAACAACUGGGUAGGAGAUCAAAAAGCGUACCUGUCGGUGAAACUUUGGUGUAGUUUUAAUCUCCCACCUGGACCCUACUCUUGCCUGCAAUAUACAUUGGAUUCGUGUGAGCACUCGGAGAAUCAGGUCAUAGCGGAUCAGCAGAGAUGUCCUUUCGAAAUGAGCUUGCAUGAAUUUGUUGCUUUUGGCUGUCUUCGUACGGGAAACAGAGUACAGCGGCAUAACAUGAUUCGCGAGCUAGCGUUGUCUACUCUUUCAAUGAAUGAAGAGGCGAUAGGCGUGUUGUUCCGUCAGGCAGCGUGGGAAUCCAGCACCCCAAGCCCUGACUCAGAGCUGAGAGAGGCCCAUCUAGCAUUCGCACACAAUGGCUUAGGUGAUCGACUUUUGGAAUACUUGGAUCAAAAACUCGGCUCCAUUGAGGCCAACUGGAAUGAGCAUCACACUCUGCACACACUCGUCAUUCUUGGCCUCCGGGCCCUCAGUUUGUUAGAAGGGUUCUCAACUGUUGAACGUGCGGUAACAUUUUUACGUCGGAGCCGAAAGACCAGUUUAAAGUGGUGCGAGGACCUGGCCGCAACCCUGGGCACUCAAACAGACGCACACAGUAAAACACAGCAGUUGCUUAUUGUCAAUAUCGGGGGGUGUCUGUCAACUUACGUAUGCAGUAGAGCCGCAGCACCUUCCACUUCUCCUGGCAAAUUGUCCUCCAGGCCGCCUACCUCAGGAGUACACUAG